CCCUUUUUUGCAAUUCUCCUCGCCAUUUUACAAAUCACUGUUUCGCAUAAACAUAUAAGCUGUUAUACGCUUACAUCGCGUGGUUAAGUCACUUUUUUUUUUUCUUUUACCAUUCCACUGUGGAUAUAAGUCAAAAUGAAGAGAGGAAGAGCUGGAACGUUGAAAAACAAGAUGAGAAUAACGCUUUCCCUCCCCGUGGGGGCUCUCAUCAACUGCUGUGAUAACAGUGGAGGAAAAAACUUGUACAUUAUUGCUGUGCAGGGAUUUGGCUCAUGUUUGAACAGACUGCCUGCUGCCUCACUUGGUGACAUGGUGCUAGCCACCGUGAAGAAGGGAAAACCCGACCUGAGGAAAAAGGUGCUAAACGCAAUAAUCACGCGUCAGUCGAAGGCCUGGAGAAGACACGAAGGGUACUUCAUUUACUUCGAAGACAACGCUGGUGUUAUCGUUAACCCCAAAGGAGAAAUGAAGGGAUCAGCAAUAACAGGACCUGUUGCAAGGGAAUGUGCGGAGUUGUGGCCCAAGUUAUCUUCCGCCGCUUCGGCGAUUGUUUAAAAGGUUUCUGCUGAAUGGUUCUUCUGGCGAGAAGUUCCACCGCUAAGUUUUUAUAGAGUGUAGGCCGAACGAACGAGAUUGCUUGUUUGCUCAGUGUGCACCCUCUGUGUGCGUCAUGCUUUGUUUCCUUUUUUUUUUUUUUUUUUUUGCGCAUCCCAUGUGCUGCGUACAUUUUCCCCUUUUUAAUGAUACUACAUGCACAAAUAAUUAAACACAUUUUAUGACAUUAAACUUUUGAAAAGCGCUCGUGCGGUUAUUUCGUAUUGAAUUUACACCA